CAUAGUACGUGCUGCGUCAAACCUUCAAACUGGGUCAAACCUGAGUUACCUUCAGAAAAUAAAGAGAUUAUUAUUAUAUAUUAUUAUUAUUAUUAUAAACCGAUACCCCUGUUACGUCAUACUUGACGUUCACGUGCAUUAUGGUAAACAGACGGAGCGUUUGUGUAUUAACGUGCGUUGUUGUUUCUGGAUUAUUUGCCUUUAUUGACGCACAAAUUGGAUUAAAUGGUUGCAUUGACGGCUGGACCCUGUGGAACACGCAUUGCUAUGGUUUCAUAUCGGACAGGCGUCUCAUAUUGGAGGAGGCGGACUCGUAUUGCUGGACCCACGGGUCGCGGCUGUUGACCGUUAACAACCUUGCAGAGCAUAAGAUGGUCGCCUCCUGGCUCAACGACAACGACGUCGUCUUACAAUCUACCUGGUUUAUCGGUGGUUACUAUACCAUCGACAACGUGAAUUGGGAUACCGGUGACGUCAUAACUGAUGCAAUCACGCCUGAGCUCUGGAACAUUGCUCCGAACUUGAUUUCAGGCCUGUACAGCAGAAUUGCGUACGCGUACGGGAAUAAGCAUACGGCAUACGGAUGGACGCUAGUUUCCGGAAGUCGGCACGCGAAUUUCAUUUGCGAGAUGUCGCAAAAUGAUGUCCAGUUUACAGACGUCAUGAACAGAGAUUACGAUUACGGUCACGGCGGGCUGAAUAGACAGGAGAUACCCAGGGGUCCCUUCAUGACGCUGGAGCCUCGUAACGUGGCGAUGAUCGGAGAGGGCACGGAGACCUCCAUCGCACUGGAGUGUUCCGCUAGCGGCAACCCGCCACCCGGAUAUACCUGGUACCGAGGAAACACUACCAUCACAACUGAGCAGAGCAAAAGGUACACGGUGAGCGGCGGGCGGUUGAUCAUUCAGGUCCCCCGUGACAGCGAAGACGCCGGCAUGUACCAUUGCAAGGCCGCCAACUCGCUGGGCACCGUCCUGAGCAGGGCCGCAGUCGUGCAGUUUGGAUAUCUGCACGCGUUCUCGCCAGUGAAACCAGACGACCAGGUGGGCACGGUGUUCGAGGGAGUCCGCAUAAGUUGCUUCACACCAGCGUACAGUCCAGAGGUGCGGUACGGCUGGUUUAAGAACCACAACACACACAACUACAUCUUCCCGAACCACCCUGUCCACUUCAUAUCGCAAUCUGGCUAUCUGUACUUCUCCGAGGUGCAGCCCACCGACGACCGCACCUACUACUGCGUCGUGACGCUCGUUGCCCCUCACGACUACGACGCCGAUACGACUAUGUCGCCCAGCAGAGUCGGUCUGGGGACCAAACUUAUACUCAGACCCGGAAAGACGUCAAACAACUAUGGCCCCAUCAUUUAUACGCACACGUUCCCGACCCCGGCGUUGAGGGGAAGCCUGGUGCGCCUCGAAUGCGUCGCUUAUGGAUCCCUUCCGUUGACGUACAGCUGGAGUCGCGCUGAUGGUCAGCCGUUCGUCAAGGGGACGCAACUCAGUGACAUUAACCGCGUUCUCACGAUAUCCAACGCGCCGCUCGAGGCGGAUGGAGACUACAUCUGUAAAGUAGUCCGUCAGGGCAAAGUCAGUAAGACGGCCACCAUCUCGCUGCUACUUGAGACGAAGCCCUACUUUUCUGACCCGAUCAACAACAUGUUUGUGGACGCCGGGCAGACGGUGGUCUGGCGCUGUAAGGCGGUCGCCCGACCUCGAGCGAGUUAUUCAUGGUACAAGGAUGGCGUGCUACUGACACAUGUGCCCGGUAAGCUGGAGGUUAGCGGGAACCAGCUGACUAUCAGCAAUGUGGCGGCAGGUGACAGCGGCAUGUAUCAGUGCGCCGCCACCAACAGACACGGCACGUCCUUCAGCUCCGGCGAACUUCGGAUUCUAGCAUUUGGGCCUAACUUCGAGCAGUUCCCUAUGAAGCAUUCCCAGAUGGCGUCCCUUGGAGGGAAAACAUCGAUUCCGUGCAGAGUGCAAGGGGCACCACUACCAACCGUAGAGUGGAUGAAGGACGACCGACUCCUGGGCCUCAAGCCGGGAGACGUUGGCGGGCGACUCAAGAUGACGCUGACGUUUGAGAUUAUCAUCACCGAACUCUCCGCCGCAGACGCCGGUUUGUACAUCUGCAUGGCUAGGAACGAAUAUGGCGAGGCACACAACUCCACCUUCAUCACUGUCGUGGACGGCGUGGUGAUAGAGCGCGGUCCCGAGCCGACGGAAGUAGCCGUCAACGAGACGCAGUUCCUCUCGUGCUACGUCGAUGUCGCAAGGAGCGAUAUUGACGUCAAGUACCGGUGGAAGUUCAAUGGACAUUACAUCGACUUUAAACGGCACCAUCAUUUUAUAUCGGGUAUGAAGGAAGGCGCCUCCGGCCUCUACAUCCGGGAGGCCCAGUACGCUCAUGAAGGCGAGUACACGUGCGAGGCGCAGACGCCCCUCCAAGUGGACACUCGCACAGCCAAGGUCACCGUAAGAGGUCCGCCGGGCGCUCCAGCAGGUGUGUACGUUGACGGCGAAACGGUGACGUCAUUCAGUGCGCGCGUCAUCUGGACUAUGACAUCAUCAAUGGAACACGGUGCUCCCAUUCUGUCUUAUGAUAUCGAGGCAGAAACUUCUUACGAUCCUGGAAACUGGACAAUAGUUGCAAGAGACGUUUCGGAGAGCACUGCAGUCGCGACGGCUAAAAACAACGGAAAUCGCAGCGAUCAGCGAUCUACCUACGUCACGGGGUUGGUUCCGAACACGAACUACCGGUUCAAGGUGCGCGCCGUGAACGCCUAUGGUCGUGGAUCAGAGAGUAGCAGACUUUCCGCGUACAUCCAUACGCCUUCAGCGCCCCCGUACCGCGCCCCGCACAGCGUGGGAGGAGGGGACGGCAAAGUGGGGACACUCAACAUGUCAUGGACGCCAAUCCCCGAGUCAGAACAUUGUGGCCCAGGGCUGGGUUACACACUGUACUGGAAACGCCAGAGCACGCGAGAACGAUAUGACUGGAACAAGGUCGUGCUCCUUGGUAACGUGGGCAUGUACUCGGCGCUGGUCGGGGUGGAGAACUACUACCUCGGGUAUGACGUCAUGGUGGGCGUCUUCAACAACCUUGGCGCCGGACCUAACUCCAGCGUCGUCACCGUCUUCUCCGCUAUGGGCAUGCCGGAUAUCGUGCCUAAGAUUAAAAGCGUAAGCGGAGUGAACCUGUCGAGCGUUCUAGUCACGUGGGACCCUAUUCCGGACGAGAGGGAGCACAUCAAGGGCCGCAUUGGCGGCUACACGAUUCAGUACUACUGGAACAACCUAGGGUGCAGCCCGUUGAAGGGAUGUGCGGUCACCAACCUGCGCAAUCGCAACAUCUAUGGCCAAGCGAGCGAGGUUCUACUGAUUGACUUGGAAAUUAACUCCGAGUUCUUCUUCCGCAUGCAAGUGUUUAAUUCCGCCGGAAGGGGUCCAAAAGGGGAAUGGCGACGAGGGGAAACAUCCAAAAACGCGCCCCUGAACUACCCUCGGUUUGUCACGGUGACGUCACAUGGUCCAAAUAGCGUCCUGGUCACGUGGCAGGGGAUCAUGACGACAAAGAAUGAGGAAAUUAUUACGGGAUACAAGGUAAAAUGGUGGCUUGUGCAGUCGGAUAUUCGGCACGCCAACGAGACGACGACGGAACUGCUGGAUACCUCGGCGGUGCUACAUCGCCUCCAGCAGGAGAGCGUCUACCAGCUCAGGGUUCAGGGAGUCAGCGCCGGCGGAGACGGGGCCAUGAGCUACUCGGUGUUCUUCACUUUAAAAGGGGGCAUGAUCCAGAUCGACCCGGCCACAACCGAGAUUUGCUACGAAGGCGUUUCCUGUGGAGCAGUGCCACUUCGCCUAGGGGCGGACAUACGGACAGUGAUACUGAUAACAAUCCUCGUGAUGCGGCGACUGGUCACGCCCUAAAUGAUGGCACAAACAAUGCGGCUCAUAGAGUUAACGUGUGCAUCGAGAAAUGUGGCAAAGGCAGUUACAAUUCUUACCUAGAUAGAAAACUUAGACAUGCAUACAAUUUACAACUAGUCUGGUAUGGAGUUGACAACGAUUUCUGACGCAGCUGGUUUAUCGUCAGUUCUUUAUUGUUUAUUGCAUUAUAAUUAUACCCUAUGCAUGUACUUUAAUGCAUCUAUGUCUUAAAUUGUCCAUACUAAUCUGAUUUGUUUUUCUAAACGAUCUUCAUAUUUCUGACAUGUUGGAAGCCUGGAAAAUCUUCGUCUAUAUUUUGAAUUUUUACAAUUUAUUAACAAAGUAAUUUAAAAAUGCACAUAAUAAUCGUUUUAUGUUUAUCUUAUUAUCAUCAGUUUACUUGCCUGAUGUUACAGGAAACCUCCUAACUUCGACUAUGCUAUAUACUUGACAGCAUCUUUAUUUUUUCUGGAUUUCUAAGGACAGCCGUUGUCGAAAAUCACAUUGCCGAUUAUCACGUUGUCGAUUAUCACGUUGAAGUUAGUAAUAUUGUGUAUCGAAAGAAAACAUAUAACGUUUACGAGAUAUUGUUGUUAAAACUGUGCUGUAUAUACUUUGUCAUGGUAGUAUAUGUUCUUUAUAAUUUGCCAUGACACGGUAAUUAUUCCAAGAAUAAGUAUUGUUUUAAAUAUUCUUUUACAAUACACCAAACCGUUGUAUAUUGAUGUCAUAUUGAUUGAAAGUCCUGUGUAAAUGUCAUUUACUUAUGAAACGAUACUUUAUUUAUAGUAAUAUGCAUUGAACACAAUGUACUUAUGUAUAAGUCUUAAUAAACUGUCUGUUCUGUU